AUGAUGGCCUUCAAGACUCUCCUCGGCCUGGCUACCGUCCAGGCUGUUUCUGCCCACUUCGGUCUUGUCUUCCCUGCGUGGAGAGCUGAUACUCUCAGCGAAGAGAACGAAGAAAAAUACAGCCAGUGGACCUAUCCUUGUGCUGGAGUUGACUACAACAAGAAGAACCUCACCGAUUGGCCCCUCGAGGGUGGUGCUCUUACUCUUGAUCUCCACCACAACUGGACCUAUGUCUUCGUUAACCUCGGUCUCGGCGAGAACACAACCAACUUCAACAUCUCCCUCACACCCCAAUUCCUGAAUGCGACAAACCCUGGCACACUCUUCAUCGAAGAGCUUGCGCUGCCUUCAGAUGUCAAGCCCUCUGAUGGUGACAUUGGCAGUAUUCAGGUUAUCACUCUUGGCGAAAGUGGCAGUGCGCUCUACAACUGUGCGGAUAUCCGCUUCAAGGAGAAGGCCAAGGGUCCUAGCAACCGCACUGGCGACGUGGAAUACGUCGCGAUCAAGCAGCAGGAGGGCAAUGGAACAGAGGAGAGCGCUUCUAACUCAUCCUCCUCGGGAGAGAAGGGCGGCGAUGAUGGUAACGCGGCAGGUAUUCUCGGUGUGAAUGCUGUGACCUUGACCUCUGUUGUAGGUCUUGCCGCCGCCUUCGCAAUGGGAUUCAGCCUAUAG